AUGUUGGCUCGAGCGCCCGUGGCAUCGCUCCUGGUCUCGGCGCUGGCCAGCGAGAGGGAGCCGCUGCGGGUCACGGCGGAGCCCUGCUUCACAGACUGGCACGAGGACCCGGAAGCCGCGCGCGUACCCAUCGCCGUCUCGCGCGGCCUGCUGUGCACCGAGCGCAUCCCGGCCUCGGAGAUAGCAGCCGUCCAGGUGCCCCCCGACGCCUGCGAGGCCUGCCUGGAGCGCGGGCCCGCGGGCGCGCCGGCGGCCGACGCGCUGCGCGGGGCCGCCCUGGCCUGCGCGGGCCUGCCGGCGGUGCUCUACCUGCUGGAGCCCCCGCCGCGGCCCGGCGGGCAGCCGCUGGCGGCGUGCGCGCGCGCGGCGUGCCCGUUGCCGACGCUGCUCGCCUGCGUCCUCUGGGAGGCCCUGGUCCCGCUGCUGCCCUUCCAGGUGGCUGGGCGGGGCGCCACGUCGCAGGCGCCUGGCGUUCCGCCCUUCGGGCGCCACCUCUGCGCGGGCCCACACCCCGGGUUCUACCGCGCGGCCGCCGUUCUUCCUGCGCACCCGCCCGCGCACCGCUGCGGUUCGAUCCGCUUCCUGCCCAUCUCCUUCGGAAUUCCGAAGGAGGACAUCGUGGCGUGCCUUCCCUCGAAGGCGACCAGCUUCGCCCCACUGAGACCUGGACACAUGAGCACCUACAUCUUUCCCAUCAGUACCUUUGGCGAGCUGGAGUACAAGCGGAUGUAUCGGGAGGCCCGUUUCGCCUUGUGCCCAAAGAAGUGGGGGUGGGAAACAAUGCGCUUGUACGAGAUACUGGCGAAUGGCUGUAUUCCCAUCUUGGGCGAUCUGCAGGAAGUGCCCCGUGGUGCUCUGGCGUUCCUGGAUCGUGCCCUUUUGGCCCGCGCAGCUUCUUUUUCAGGACUCGGCAACCUGCAGAUCAGCACCAGCACCGAGCUGCCCCCCGAGCCGAAGGCCGGAGGGCUCGACGAGCGCGGCUACACGGACGCUGCAGCCGAGCUGCUGCGGCACACGCAGCAGCGCCUCACGACCGAGGCCAUGGCGCGCUACCUGCUGGCAGCCUCGGGCCUCUCGAGCUCCUCCGCCGUCCUCUUCCUCGCCAACUGCGGCCACGGGGACUACCAGUGCUACCUGUGCUUGCACGGGCUCCGCCAGGUGUUGGGAAGCCGCCUCGUCGACGUGCCCAGGCUGGAGUACAUGUACAGGCCGGCACGCCUGGCACCGAUGGGCGGCGUCGACCGCCAGACGGUCUGCCCCCAGGGGAUGUGCGCCAUCGUCUCCGGAUCCUCGACGACUCCCGUGAUCCGUGGCGAGGGCGCUCCUGUGCCGAUCUACGGCGGAGGCUUCUCGUACGCGUUCCGCCUGGAGGAUGUGCCCAUGAACCGGUCCGAAGACGUGAUCGCUGCCGGUAUUCGUCGGGGCGCCUUCGAUGCGGUCGUGGUGGGGAGUGCCCAGAUGCUGCCUGCCGACGGGGACAGGCUCGACAGGCGCCGGGGAAAGCGGCUGGGGUUCCUGUGGAAGCUGGUCCAGCAGCACUACGCCCCGCAGCGCGUGGUCAUCGUCGAUGGCAGGGACCCGCCCGCAGACGACCACUUCCACGAGGGCGUGCGGGAGCUGGCCGGCCGUGGCUUCCGGUACUUCCUGCGCGAGAUCCCCGGGGCGGCCGCGGGGUGCGAGGAGGAGCCCGCGGGCGCCCCCUGGGCGGGCGCCCCGCGGGGGGACCGGGGCCCCGCCGACGCCGGCGGUGCCGGCGGCCUCGCCUUCUCGGGCGGCGGAGAGAAAGACAGGUGGUACAUCCAGCAGCAAAUGGAAACUGAGUAUUUACCCAAGUCGAAGAAUUGGUGCGUUUAUGCAGAGUAUUCGCGCCUUGCCAACAAGUCCUUCUGGGGGUACGACGUAAGAGUUCACAACUACGCCGAGGAGAAGGACGGUACCGUUCACGACAGCGACAAAAAUAUCGGGGGCGCCGGCAUCUUGGCCAAGAUCGUGGAUGAGAAGAGAGGCCAGCUGGAGGUGGCUCCAUACUUCUUGCCGACGUUCCUCGCUGGACCGUAUUGGAUCCUCGACUACAACGAGCAGGAAGGUUAUACACUGGUGUCCGGUG